GUGAUUGUUAUGCGAAGGGCCAUGCGAUAUUGCGAUGUAGUGUUGUUGUACAACGUAUUCGACUCGAUAGAGCUGCCAAAACUAGAGAUAUCAAACGAACAAGAUCCAUUCGUCGAAGGAAGAAGGAGUUAUGGAAUUGCGCGAACGAUUGAUGGAAGACAUCCGACUGUAUCCGUGCAUCUACGACAAGCACGACAAGGACUACAUGGAUAAGACCGCGAAAAACAACGCUUGGGCGGCGAUAGCUGCCAAAUAUGGCUUGACGGUGACCGAUGCCGAUAAGAAAUACAAGGUCGUACGAAGUUCGUUCACGCGGUACUUGAAGAAGAAACGUUCCACCCCUCCUGGCAUCAAACCACCCCCCGUACCAGUGGGCUUUGCUAAUUUAGAUUGGCUAGCAAAUCACAUCGACCACAAGGAAACAGCCGUCAGAUACUCGAGCAACAAUGUUAGUGUAAGAGAUUCGUACUACGGGGAUUAUGUUGCAGAUGACGACGACGCUUAUCACAGCAGUUAUGACGAAAUAAUGCGCGAGGAAGACAGCGCAGCAACAGAAAUGAUAGACUUAAACAACUCGCACUUGACAACCCGCCCACAAGAUGAUCCAAAACACGCGGAGUCGAUGCACGCUCAAACUGAAAGCAAUGGAAAAUCAUCGGAUGAUGUACCAAAUCAGGUAAUACACGUCAAAGAGAGUUUGCAAUCGGAACCCUUGCCACCGCCCAUACUUCAUGUAAGCACAGCCGAAUAUGCGGUCAGUAGAACCAACUCCCCACCAAGCGCCCAUGUAUCUUCAAGUCAGGUGAGUCAUAUAAACGGGCAGAAAUCUAUCACUAUGUAUUACAACAAAGCAAACGGGCACGAGCCGAAGAACGACACAGUCAUUAGUCUCAUCCCUUAUGAAUCAGUUCAGCCAGGACCGACGACAUCGACACCUGGAAUGACGGAAUACUUCGGAAAACGAAAGCGGGUCGAAUACGACGACGAAGAUGAGCUCUUCUGCUUGAGUCUCGUACCAACAUUAAAAAGACUGGGAACCAGAAACAAGACAAUCGCCAAAAUGAGAUUUCAACAAGUUCUGUUCGACUUGGAAUUCCCCUCGAAUGAUUAAAAGCCUAAAGCAAUAUGGUCGUUUGGCGGAGUGCUAUUUGCGAAGAUUUCCAAAUUUCUACGUGACAUAAUCUUAACUUCCUUUAAAAAUCCUCAAGCUUAAAUUCUUAAAAGCUUAAUAUAUGUAUAGAAUUUCCAGCAAAGAAAGUUUAAGAAAAUUGUCUAAGAAAGUUUUGUGGAAACGCCUGGAUGAAGAGCAAUAGGAAGUGUUAACGCGAUAUACCAGUUGCUACCAUGUGGUGAUGGUGUGUUUUAGAAAGCAAGUGCAAAAGAUGUCGUAAAACUAGGACACCAGUUCCAACUACCUACUGGCGGAUAUGGGGCAAAUCAGAAUACAUUAGAGCGGCGAAUAUAUCGCCCAUAUGAUCAACUAUUUAAAAUUUAAAUUAGAAACUUAUUUAUGGCGAUGUGGUCUGACUUUCUCCCUGGUUUGCUACUGUAGACAGUUUGCCUGAGUUAACUUGAUGUGUAUUUAGAGUGAAGAUUGACAAAACGGUUCAAAUUCAAUUUAUGAAAACACACAUUGAUAUAGCAGGUUGAAGAUUAUAUUUUUAUUAUUUUGUA